AUGCAUAUCGAAUCUGAAAUCCUCCACGACUUUCUUGACGGUAACCCAGCAGUUGAAUUCAUCCGCUUCCAAUGGGUCGACUAUUCCGGUAUCCUGACAGUGCGUGUUGCAACGAGAGCCUUCGCUCUCAGUCUGGAUCAAAUGGGGGGAUUUAUCAACAUGCCAAGUCCCAUCAUCAGCGCACUGCUCCUCGACGGUUCUCUGCUCUUCGAGGACGUCCAUUCCGGCAUCGACCAAGCAUACCCGGACUGGUCUAGUAUCAGAAUCUUACCGUAUCACCCGAAUACAGCCUCAGUGAUGUGUUUCAUCGAAGAAGGAGAACAGCCGGCCGGCCACGGAUUCCUCAGAGAUCCUCGCAGCAGACUCCGCGAUAUCGUCGCAACGGCCAAAUCCAAGCAUGAUAUCGAGAUGCUCGUAGGUAUGGAGAUCGAGUUCUUCGUCUGCGAAGAGGCAGAUGGUGUCUUAAGACCCGUUCCUACCGUCAAGAACGUCUACUCGGCAGCAAGCCUUCGCAACAAAAUUCUCCCCGUCCUCGAAGAGAUAGUCUCUGCACUUCAGCACGCAGGCAUCAAGGUCCGACAGUUUCAUAGUGAAAGUGGUCAAGGGCAAUUUGAAAUCUCGACUGAACCAUUGCCGCCUCUUGAAUCAGCAGAUGCGUUGUACUUCUGUCACGAGACGAUCAGGACAAUAGUCGCAAGCCAUGGACUGAGAGCGACGAUGCAUCCGAAGCCAUUUGAGAAGAGCUCCAGCACCGGUUCGCAUUACCAUCUUUCUAUUUCAAGAACGGAGAAGGGAGACUCGUUUUUGGCCGGCUUGUUAGGAAGCUGGAGAGCGCUAUCUGCGUUUUAUCAGCCCAAUUAUGAUAGCAAUGCUCGCACCCGGCCGGGAGCACGUGUUACCUGGGGUAUCGAGAACAAAUCGGCUUCUAUCCGUAAAGUCUACGAUGGCUACUGGGAACUCAGGGGCCCAGAUGCAACUGCGAACGCUUACCUCGCAUUGAUGGCUAUCAUCACUGCCGGCUUGAUGGGUAUUGAAUGUGGCAAAGAGUUGAAGAUGAAGAACGCCACGCAGAUUAUGUUCAAGGAGCCGUUGGCGGAUGAUGUGGCGGCCGAGAUGAACAUCGUGGAUCGGAUGCCGACUAGUCUAAAGGAGGCUAUCGAGAGUUUGAAGAAAGACGAGGCGUUGACCAAAGCGAUUGGGUCGGAGCUGGUUGAUCGAUAUGUGCAUUUUAAGACAAAGGAAGAGGAAAAGAUGAGUCAGCUUAUUCCAUCAGAGAGAAGAGAUAUCGCAAUGGCACUCUUCUAG